AUGGUUGAAAUGCAAAACAAUUCUAUAGUUGAACUGCUCUACAAAGCACUUUUGGGUCAAGGAACAAUGGAAAUGGUUUCCAAAUUACUAGCAAGUGAUCUUGAGUAUUGGUUUCAUGGUCCACCACAAUGUCAACAUAUGAUGAAGGUGCUAACAGGGGAAACAGAUCACAAAAAAGGGUUUAAAUUUGAGCCAAGAAGUGUCACUUCAAUUCAUGAUUGUGUGAUAACUGAAGGGUGGGAAGGACAAGAUUAUUGGGUUCAUGUUUGGACAUUGAAAAAUGGAUUAAUCACACAAUUUAGAGAGUAUUUCAAUACAUGCCUUGUGGUGAGAGAUUUGAGGCCAUCGAGGUGGAAAGAUCAUAAGCAAGAUAGUAUGAUAUUGUGGAAGAGUCAACCUCGUGAUCUACAAUCAUUUCCUGGACUUGUGUUGGCUAUUUAG